AUGGCUCCCAAGCCCAGCUUCCCCGCCUCGCUCCUCCGCGCAUACACAUCCCUCAUCAGCCGUCGCACAUCACAACUUCAAUUCCACGCAUCGCGCCUCCUCGGAAUCGGCCUACAGUCACAGUCACAACAUGUGUGGAGGAGGCAUCUCGAAGGCGUCACCAGCGGCCUAGGCGGACGGCUGCAGGCUAUCCCGAUACCGGUGCAAUCGCAGGGCUUUGGUCAGAAGCGUUGGCACUCCACCGACUUCCAAAGGAGCAAGGCUUAUGAAUUCGACGAUAUACUCGCGAUCCUCGAAACACCGUCCGACUCGCGGCUGCUCAUCGACGUGCGCGAACCCUACGAGUUUGAGGCGAAUAGCAUCCCGACGGCGAUUAAUCUGCCGAUUAAGUCGCACCCUGAUGCGCUGCUUCUAGAUGAGGAGGAGUUUCAGGACCAGUUUGGGUUUGCGAAACCACCGCUGAAUAAGGAGAUCGUGUUCUUUUGUAAGGCGGGGGUCAGGAGUAGUGCGGCAGCGGGCAUUGCGCGACAAGCUGGAUAUGAAAACGUUGGCGAAUACAAGGGUUCAUACCUAGACUGGGAGCGCAGGGGCGGUCCAGGAACGAAAUCACCUCCAAAGCCAGAGGGCAGAGGCGAGCCGAAGUUGCCGGUAACGGAGACGAAGCCGAACGGACCAGGAGAUAGCGGAGAAGAGGAUCUUGGACCGCAGGGUGCGCCGCCGUAUCCCGAGGGCCCGAAUACAAAAAGACAGUGAGGUGCUGAUGCGCUGAAGGGAGAGAUGGUAUAGGUGUGUAAAUAGAAUCAGGAAGCACUAAGACGUUUAUAAUAGCCAUGAAGAUGCCCCUGU